AUGGCUAACACACAUAAUGUGACUGAAUUCAUUUUUCUGGGACUUUCUCCCAAUCGGGAGGUGCAGAAAGUUUGCUUUGUGAUAUUUCUGCUCUUGUACACAGCAGUUGUGCUGGGGAAUUUCCUCAUUGUGCUCGUCGUCCUGACCAGCAGAAGUCUUCGUUCCCCCAUGUACCUCUUCCUCAGCUACCUGUCCUUUGUGGAGAUCUGCUACUCUUCCACUGUAGUCCCCAAACUCAUCUCAGAUUUGCUGGCUGAAAGGAAAGCCAUAUCUGUGUGGGGCUGCAUGACACAGCUUUUCUUUAUCCACUUCUUUGGUGCCACGGAAAUUUUCCUGCUCACUGUGAUGGCCUAUGACCGCUACGUGGCCAUCUGCAAACCUCUCAACUAUACCGCCAUCAUGAACCAGCAGGCGUGCGCUGUCCUGGUGGCAAUGGCAUGGGUGGGGGGCUUUGUGCAUUCCUUUGCCCAAAUCCUUCUCACCUUCCGCUUGCCCUUCUGUGGCCUCAAUGUGAUUGACCACUAUUUCUGUGACCUGCUUCCGCUGCUCAAACUUGCCUGCUCUGACACCUUCCUCAUCGGUCUGCUGAUUGUUGCCAACGGGGGGACCCUGUCUGUGACCUGCUUUGUGGUCCUCAUAGCCUCCUAUGCGGUCAUCCUGCUCCAUCUGAGGACUCGGAGCUCUGAGGGACGGCGCAAGGCCCUCUCCACCUGUGCGUCCCACGUCACCGUGGUGACGUUGUUCUUUGGGCCCUGCAUCUUCAUCUAUCUGAGGCCUUCUACCACCCUGUCUGUGGACAAGGUGGUGGCUGUGUUCUACACAGUGAUCACGCCCCUCCUCAACCCUCUCAUCUACUCCCUGAGGAACGCUGAAGUGAAGAAGGCCAUAAAAAGGCUGUGGAUGAGGACAACGACACUAGACGAGAAGUAG